AUGGCGCGUGGCGGUGGCGCGUUUAGAAUGCCGGCGGAAAAAGAAGUUGAAGUUGCUGGAAUUUUACUAAAUUUACCCAAAUUGAUAUCAAAAUAUGAAAUUUUAAGUCAAUAUAGUUUUACUUGGGGUAGUAAAAAGAAAAGGUCUUUUUUACCGUCAUCGUUGUUAAAAAAUCAACGGCCAGUUGAUGAUCAGGGUUUGCCGGAAAAAGUUACUGCGGCUGAAGCUACUCAAAGCCCUUCAACCCCAUUCUGUUUUUUACCGUCUUUCGGUAAAAACUUGAAGAGAAAGGCAACAGUUGAUUUAAUGGAGAGAUACAAUGGAAUAGAACAAGAAAGUGAGAUUGUUGUAAAGGAAGCAAAACCCAUGGAAACACAUCAUCAAGAACUUUCUGCACAAAAUAUGGAGUUGAAAGCAAAAAGACAAGAGAUAAAUUAUUCAAAGAGCAUUGCAGAUUUUCAGUCCUUCCAAUUACAGUUAUGGAAUAAUUCUAUGCAACAACAGAUGAUGAUGAUGCAGAACGAUCUAAGGGCCAUAAAUGCAGCAGCAGCAGAUGCUAGAAAGAGGAGAAUGUUGAAGUUGAAACAGGACAAGUACAAUUCUUUCUUGGUCUGUCAUGAGAGGUUGAGAUGAUAGUGGUUUUGACUUUUUUGGUCAACCUUUGGUAAGGUUGACCUGGUAAAUUACUAUAAAAUUAUCCAUAUUCUUCGGUAAAUUUAUCAGAAAGAUUAUUUUUUUACAGUACAUUAUAUGGUUUGUAUAGAAUUUCAUCUUGUACUCGUAUAUGGGAGCAAAUUAUUUUUGAUGAGUAAAAGUUAGUUUAUCGGCAA